UAUAGGAAAAAAAUAUUAGAAUAUUAGAUUAGAUUAAAAUCAGUUUGUCUAAAUCUAUUAGCGGAAAAAUGUCGAAUACACUUCGAUAUGAGGAUAAAUUAGGAGCAGUUUUAGUUCAGGUACAAAAGGAUUUGAGACAACUCAGAUUAGGUCUUCAGAGAAUUCCAGCCAGUGAAAGUCCAGCAACAACACUGAAGGCUUUGGACUAUGCCCUCAGUAAGACAGAGAACAGUGUCAGGAAACAAACUGAAGAAUAUCUCAGAACAGUAACAACACGGCUGCUGGUUCUUCCCAGCAUUGAGAACAUUCCAAAUAGGUGUUUGGAGAUUCCCAAAUGGGAACCUGUUCUGGAUUUCUUCCCGAAAAUGCACUGGCAAGGAGAAGAUAUUUUACGGACUUCAAACAAUAAUGAGCCCAGGUCACCAUUAUCGAUGCAGUUACAUUAUAAACCUGCUCACACAAAGAACAGAACCACUCUGAAUCAGAAAUGUGGAAUAUCACUCCCCGAUGUCCACAGAAAGUGUCGGAGCAUUGCAAAUGAUCACAACAUCAUCCUCGGCCCGCCACAGAAACUUAGAGCUUGUGAGCCAAAGAGCCAUUGGAACAUGGCUGAAUUUAAAGAAGACAAGAGAAAAGCUAAGUCCAAGUUACAGAAAUGGGAGACAGUACCAGGAUUCACUGAUGAAAAAUCAGAGGCCAAAGUUCUUCUGACUCCCAGGACUCCGCCUCCCAGCGCGACCUCCAAGAACAUGGACCGGGCAUGUGUGCUGCAGGGCACCCCCGCCAUCUGUGAAGGAUCUAAGGUGAUGGAAGUGGUGUCAGCUCACGUGAACCACAGCAAAUACCAGUUUACCAUCACAAACGGCAGGAUCGACACAAAAGAGGAACAUUUCUGCCACUUCCGGCAGAGCUUCAGUUUGUGCUGGAGUAGUGUAGCAUAUGCUCUGGAGGCCCUAGAAAAGCUGCUCAGGGACUUUGCUGUACCUCUUGCCAAAGUGAGUGGGGAGCGGCUGGUGGAGUUCGCCCAUGGCUGGGAUAGUGGUUGGACAAAGGCUCCUCCAGUAAUCAACCUUCUCUCGGUGCUUGAAAACUCUGAGGAGGUACUGGGUCUAGUUUUAAGCCCAGGUCAACGCUACAAGGGAGAAUGUGGCGUUGAGGCAGCUGUCAUCCACAUCCAGUCCUGCUGGAGGGGCCGUGUAGCCCGGAAAGCCUACCAGCUCCUCUGCAGACGCAAGUGGGCGGCAGGGACCAUCGCCAUCUCAUGGCUGAUGCACACUCAGAUGAUUCGUGUCAGAGAGGCCCUGCAGGCUCGGCGUUUGAGACAGCUGGAGAAUUACCGCUGCAGAGCCCAGAAUUUGGCAGCCAACUGGAAACACAUCCAGUCCUCCAAGAGAACCAUUAUACACAUUCCUUCAUUAGGAUACUCUCAGAGUCGUCGACUGAACGUGAGGGGGUUUGACAUCCGGCAGAACCUUCAAAUGAACAGACUGGCUGAGAUUAGAGAUCCAAAGGUGGAGGUGAUCUUUAUCUGCCCCACACAUUUGGGAGAGGAUAUCUUGGAGUACUACUACUCCGCCCUCCUGAUGGGUGAUGGAGCCACAGACACGGCCGGGAACAGAACCACGGCAACAACGUCCUGCGUCAGACCCUUUGUCAUCCUCACACCUGAGGCCGUGGAUUAUUUCCCGAACCAUAACCUGUGCCUGACCACACUACUGAAGUACAGUCCUCACACCUUAAAACGUAUCAAGAAUCUAAUCCAGGGGAAAGAAGCGUACAUUGUUGGAGGACUUGCUCACGUCGAUGACUUGGCAGUAGCCGAUGAGCUGGGUGUACCCAUCCUGGGGCCAGAACCUGCUAUCGCUCAACUUUAUAGCACCAAGAGCGGAUGCAGGAAGAUCUUCAUCGCAGCAGAGGUGGAGGUACCACCUGGUCAAGGAGGCAUCUUCUCACUAAAGCAGCUUCAUGAAACACUGGCUCGGCUAAUGACUGAAAACAGUGACGUCAAACGCUGGCUGUUUAAGAUUGACCCUGAGCCCGGAGGCUGUGGCACUGCUUUUUGUGACGUGCAACAUCUGAGCUGCUACAACUGGGCCCUGAACAAGUACCAUCGCUGUGGUCUUGGGAUGUGGGAAACGAAAGAGAUUCAGGAGUCUGUACUGAUCAGAUAUUUAGAGGAGAUUCCUCAGUGGCUGGAGCGUUACGCCCGGCCUGCUCACACAUCCUGCUAUCCCAACUGGACCUCCUUCAUCGAGACCUUCCUCAGCCAAGGUGGUGCAGUGGAGGCGUAUCCACCUUCAGACACUGUAACCUGUGUUACUGUAGACCUGCUGCUGGAGCCUGGAGGUCAUGUGAUCACGCUGUCCUGUGGAGACCAGCUUCAGGGCUCAUGUCAGUUUGAGGCCGUGGGUUCCACCGUUCCUCAGACCUCGGUGCACCCACAGACCUUAGACUCCAUCUGUGCGCGUGUGGGUCAGGUCUGUCUGCAACACCACAUCGUAGGCCACGUCUCCCUGGACCUGGCUACCUUUAUGGACCUCGGCACUACGGAGCAGAAGGUAUGGGCCGUUGAUCUGGACCUCAGAUACAGUGACCAACUGGCCAUGACCCAGAUGUUACAGAUGAUGACCGGAGGAUCUCUGAAUCACCAUUCAGGCUGCUUAGACGUACCCAUGCACGUCCAGGGGAAACACUGUGAACAACAGAUUGCAGACAAAACUCCAGUGAUUCCACGCCGUGCUGUUCUUGGAGGCCAUUUGUUUCACUCCAAUCUUUCUAUGCUGUACCACAGUGUUUUCCUGAAGAUGUGCAGGGCUCACGGCAUUGGAUUUAACAUCCAGAGGAAGUGCGGCACGGUGUUUGCUCUUUACGACAGCAGUGAGCGACGCAGCAUGGGAAUGAUAACCGUCUCCGAGGAUCUCCAGGGAGCUUUAGUGACCUUUGCCCACAAUCUGUCAAUCAUUCAUGGAGAAAUAUCUGCUUCUAAAAUGCAGGAAGAAACCAAUUUCAAGGUGCUGAUCAAAAACAUCAAGGAUUUACUGCAGAGGAAACAGAGGACAGUAAGGAGUAAACCUGCUGCUUAGGCACCUGUCAAGUUUAAAUAUAUUGGAAGUGAAACAUUUCCAGCAUCACCAUGUUUGGUAAUCAAUACAUAAAUAACUAGUUAACAGUGCAUGAGAGCAUAUUGAAAAUCACAAUAAAAUGU